AUGGAUGAAGUCACUCCUCACUGGAAGAGACUUAGUUUUGAUGAUGAUGGUUGCAUCGAAGGAGAAAAAUUGAAUAUCUCUAUUACUUCCGAAUUGGAAGCGAUACAAGAGAGGUUUUCAAAGGUCGUUGACAACAUGAAACUUCACAUCAAAGAACAAUUGUGGAAGAUCGAAUUUCCAGAAACAAUCGACAUGAAAUCGCCGUCUCAACCAGUUAAGACAAAGGGUGCUCUGAAGAAAGUGAAGCCAACGCCGAAUGACAACUCGACUACACGCUCUCCUUCAUAUUUUGAGCACUUAUAUGGAAAGGAAGCUAAAUUUGAAGCGGCUAACGAAGCUUUUGUGCCUUGGUUGGGCCCUUACGCACCGGUGUCAAAAUGGUUGAAAUUCCCAGGAAUGAGACAUCUUAUUGCAUGCGCCUAUGAUAUGGUGUGCAUUGACUUGAAGCGUUAUGGAUUUUCGAAAACUUUUUUCCCACUCCGCACUGCACCGCCUACAAUUUCAAAUGCUCGCAUUAAGUGUAUUGGAUGGAUUUCAAAAGCAAAUCACUUUGUGCAAGUUUACUUGAAACCGGGAUGUCCCAUACCACCCACGUCACCAGAAUGGGAUAUUUAUCAUACCGAAGAUGCCGAGACGUGGCAGGAUUUUUUUGUUGACAGGAUGCACGAAUUCGAAAGAAUGAAUAACAUUGAGGGGGGAAGCGAAUAA